AUGAAGCAGAUUCACGAUGCUAUCCCGGCGCAUUGCUUUCGCCCAUCAAUUGCCCGCAGUAUGAGCUAUGUCAUGCGGGACUACCUCCUGCUCGGGUCCUUGGUUUGGGCGGUCUACGUCUACACUCCUCUAAUACCGUCGGUCCAUCUGCGAGCCAUCGUCUACGGUCUGUAUACCGUGGUUGCAGGCAUGAUCAUGACCGGGAUUUGGAUCCUAGCUCAUGAAUUUGGUCAUGGGGCCUUCUCUCGAUCCAAGACUCUUAACAGCGUCGUCGGCUUCCUGCUGCACUCCUCUCUGCUGGUGCCGUACUACAGCUGGAAGAUCUCUUACUCUCAUCAUCACAAGUCCACGGGCGACUUGCAGCGAGACACAGCUUAUGUUCCGCACAGUCGAAUCGCCCUCGGGCAGGACGUCGACCCCCACAGUAUUAGCGUGGCUGAAUUGACCGAAGACGUCCCCCUUGUGACCCUCUGGCACUGCCUGCUGUUUCAACUUUUUGGCUGGCCCUUAUACAUGUUGGACAACUUGAGCGGCCAGAAGGCGGCGUCUGGGUUUCCUCAGCACAGUCAUUACUGGUUCGGGGCCGACAGCGCCUUAUACAAGGAGUCGGAGCUGCAUUCCAUCUUUCUUAGCGACGUCGGAGUACUCUUGAUGUCCGCCGUGCUGUUCUCUACCGUCCAGCUGUUCGACCUCUGGACAAUUUUUAUCUUCUUCGGUAUCCCAUACCUCUGGCUGAACCAAUGGAUCGUGACAAUCACCUACCUCCAACACAGCGACGGCACGCUACCUCACUGCACCCAUUCCCAGUGGUCGUUCGCCGGUGGCGCGGCCACAAUCGACCGUAACUUUAAGCUAUACGGCUUCGACGUCGACAAGCAUCUCUUCCACGGGAUCGUAGGCACGCACGUUCUGCACCACCUCGUUUCUACGAUCCCUUUCCAUGACGCCUACGAGGCCACCGACAUGGGCAAGCACUACCGGGCGGACCGCGCCACGCCGCUAAUGACGGCCCUGUUCCGUAACCUGCGCGACUGCCAGUUCGUCGAGGAGAGCUCCGGCAUGGACGGCAGCGGCGUGUACAUGUUUCGUAACCUGCAUGGCCGCGGCGUCAAGCCGAGGGAUCUGACGGUGGGGGAGACGAUGUCCUCGUGGGAGGGCCAUUUGCCUCCGUCAUCGAAGGAGGCGUCUCGCGACUGGCGGGAUUUGGUGGCAUGGAAUUGGUGAUGGCGAUGCCGUGCAAGAGCUAUAGGCAUACACGACAUAUG